GCUAUACUGCAAACACAGUCUGCCAAGCCCUUUUGAGGUUUGACCCGACGCUCCUGUUAAACGAUCAGCACAAAUGGCCACGCCGCAGCCAUUCCUGGAGCCGUUUGAGCACUGAUCGGGCCUGACGUUGUGUUGAAGCACGGAGGUGCUCAAGAUAUUACAGCUGUCACGCCCGCAUCGCCGCCGUCCUCACGACGUCCCAUAAGAUGCAGGCGCUCAAAGUCGCUUUUGACAACAUCCCAGACGAGGUGGUCGUUAAACUCGCGAAGAACGCGGAACUGGUGAUGUCGGCAGGUACUGGCGGACGUGGCGUGGGCAUGAUGGCGCGCUUGGAGCAGCUGUUCGCCACCCAGAAGGAGGAGCUCAUAGGUGCCAUCAACAAGCUCGAGGCAGGCCAGCAACGGCUAGAGGCAGACCAGCAGCAGCUGAAAGCAAGCGUGCAGCGGCUCCAGGCAGGCCAGCAGCAAAUGGCGGCGCAGGUGGCAGCCAGCAGCCACAACGCCUACGCGCGGAUCUGCAAUAGCCGGGCGGGGGCCACGGAGCCGCUGCAGCCCCUCGUGCGGGAGAAGCCGCCUUCGCAGGCCUCGGACCCGGCAGUGGGCAGCCGCCCGCCAGACGGGGACUUCCCGGCGACCCGGGACGACGUGCUGGACCUCACACGUGAUGCAUUCAAGAUGCUGGCGGCCUUCUACGGCCAGGAGUUCGGGAACAGCAACGCGACCCUGGCUGUUUGCCGCCGCAGCUUUGGUGACUUCAUUGGUGUGACUGGCCUGUGAAGUGUGAGAGUCGCUAGGGCACCUUAGGUAAUGUGGUAUUUGUGCGGCUUCAGUGGUUGGCAGGCGCAGUUCUGCAGGAGAGUCCACCCUAGUCCAAUGAGUAGAAGAUAUGUAGGGCGUAUGCCGCGUAAUGCUUUCUAACCUCAGCUGUGGAGUUUGCCGAAAUACUGAUACCCCUUAGGAAGCAUUACGCGGCAUGCGCCCUACAUAUCUUCUACUCACUGGACUAGGGUGGACUCUCCUGCAAAACUCUGACAUCACCUGCAUGCACCUAGCAAGCACUUCGCAUCACCGACCUUGGAAGCAAAUCGGGGCGCAUAUGUCCCUUUGUUUGACUGACUGCUGGCCGUGGCUCGAGUAAGGCGUAUGCCGUAAGGUGUAAAGUGAUACGUUUGUGCAGGGGCCCCCCUGAUUGUGUAUGUGUUGUACUGUGAGUUGUUAACACCGCAAAGCAACCGGUGCAAGCAAUGACAUCGAUCCAGGGGUGCAUCGAUUCAUCAUUCAUUUGUCCAGUAUGCCUGUCUUCAUUAUUCCAUGGCACAUUGAUUUUGUAUCCAAGGGCAAGGUUUUGUGCUCUAGCAUGGCCAUGCAUUGCACUGUGAGCAUGGGCGGCCGCGGCCGCCGCCUGUAUGGCAUACAUGGACUUCUGGGACCAAUAAUUAAGGCCAUGAUAACUGGAUGUGGGCUGCAAUCCGAUAGCCCCACUUGGGUGCCUCAAAGCGCUGUUCUACGCCGCGAGUCGGUCCCAAGGCGGCCCCAAUCAAACUCACAGGGCACGCACACUGAUGUGCUGUAGGAUGAGCUAGCGCUAUCCGGCUAACUAUGUUUGUUGACGAGAGGACACUUUGGUCGCUAGCCCCCUCACUCUGUCCGUCGUACAGCUUUUAGGCCUCGAGUUCUCUUAAGCACAUGCCUGUGAUUAGAAUGGGCAUACACGCAAGCCCAGCAUCAUAUACACCUGCUCUGUUACGACGUUUGGACAUUGGCAGUUGUGUAUGGACGGCUGCGGGAGCCGGCUGACACGGUCCGGCUGUAACCCGCGAUCAACCCAGGUCACCGUAACGCGUGUGCUUGGCCUCUGAAUUCCAAAGAUAGAUCCCAUCCACUCCGCGUCAGAUAGCCUCAGAGUUGGCCAACAUGACUGCUAGCGGGGGCAGCCAAGUUGACAGCUGUAGUGUGUCGGUUGCGCCGUUGCUGCUCGGCCGAGAGGCAGGCAUGCGACAGCUAUCGUGGAGCUUGGCUGUUGCUUCCGUGCUAGCGCUAGGGUGGACGGCGCUCAUGGCACGAGAAAGAUUGCUUGGAGUGCGAUGGGCGGUGGGGUAGGUUGACACAGAGCGAGUACCAUCCAUUCUGUUGGCUUGAUUGGUUGCGCUAGCUAGAGCCGCCGGCGGUGCGCUAUGGGGCUUAAGCGCCGACAGGGGACCCAUGCGGCCUGGCAAUGUCGGGCUGCGCACCCGCACCACCGCACGCGAACCAGUAAAUCACGAGGA